UGUGAGGCUUUAGAGCCUAUUCAAAUUCUGGAUUUGCUAGAAUUAGUCAUUAAGGAUUCUACAAAUAAUGAAACUUACACUGAAAUAGUAACUAUCUCACAACCUUAUACACCUGCUUUGCUCAAAAUUUGUGAUGAAAUUAUUGUCAAUACUUAUGACGUGUCAUCUGAAAAGAAAUGUUUAUAUUCCCGAAGUAGCUUUUGGGAAUUCUUGUCUAAAUCUAAUAUUGAGAAGGGUCUACACAACAUAAAGGAGAAUACAAAUGGUCUGGAGGCUAAGCUUGCUAAUGUUCACUUCAAAAUCUUUACAGUAGAAACUGAUUAUGCCAACAAUGAUCACAGAUAUCGAAGCCUGGCUCAGGUUCUGAAUACACUUGAUAGCUACCUAUAUGGGCAAGGCUGUGCAGUAGCUGAAGGAGACAGCGCAAUCACUUUAUUGCAAACUGGAUUGAUACAGACAAAGCAACUACUACUAGCAGGAGGUCUAGUUUUGACUGAUGCAGAAUUAUCAGCCUACAAGGAGUUAUCUAAGGAAGUAUCUCAGCUCAAAACUGGAUUCAGUGAAAUCAUUUUAGUGCAAAGUGAAAAGUUCAGAAAUAAUAAACAUCUUUUAACUUUAACUGAUGCAUAUGAGCUUUAUUUUGACAAAAAAUAUACUACUUCUGUAGAGUUUGCAUCGCUAAAUUAUGAGAAGCUACUUUUAUGUGUAAAUUAG